AUGAUUGAAGCUCCAACACUUAAAAGGAAACUGGAAGAAGAAGGAGACACUAAAGAAGAUUUUAAAAAUGGUGAUUCAGUUGAGUCUGGUACAAACGCAUUAGCUCAAUCUAAACGACCUAUAAUUGUUCCGCCAGUAAAGCCAAGGAUCCAUUAUGUUCCUUUAAAAACAGGACUUUGCUAUAAUGUCAGGAUGAGGUAUCACGCUAAGAUUUAUACUUCAUAUUUCGAAUAUAUCGACCCUCACCCUGAAGAUCCAAGGCGGAUAUAUCGUAUUUAUAAGAUUUUAGCAGAAAACGGGCUAAUUGAAGAUCCAACCUUAAGCGGUGUUGAUAAUAUUGGUAAUUUGAUGCUCAAGAUCCCUGCGCGUGAGGCUACAGAGGAGGAAAUAUUGUUAGUUCAUUCUAAAGAGCACCUAGAGUUUCUAAAGACGACUAAUACUAUGAAUGCAGAACAGUUGUUGAAGGAAACAGAAGCCGGGGACAGUAUUUAUUUUAAUAAUGAUUCGUUUGUGAGCGCCAAGCUUUCGUGCGGUGGUGCAAUCGAAGCAUGCAAAGCAGUUGUCGAAGGGCGUGUAAAAAAUGCUCUAGCUGUAGUUCGGCCUCCUGGACAUCAUGCAGAGCCAGAAGUUGCAGGAGGGUUCUGUUUAUUCAGCAAUGUUGCAGUUGCCGCACAAAAUAUAUUAAAAAAUUAUACCGAGAGUGUUCGUAGAGUUAUGAUUUUGGAUUGGGAUAUUCAUCAUGGUAAUGGUACUCAGAAGGCUUUUUAUAAUGAUGAGCGUGUACUAUAUGUUUCUUUACACAGAUAUGAGCUAGGAAAGUAUUAUCCAGGAACUGCAAAUGGGAACUAUGAUCAUUGUGGCGAGGGGAGUGGCGAGGGGUUCAACUGUAAUAUUCCUUGGUCCUGUGUUGGUGUUGGCGAUGCUGAAUAUAUGUGGGCUUUUGAACAAAUUGUAAUCCCAAUGGGCCGUGAAUUUCAGCCUGACCUUGUAAUUAUAUCUUCUGGUUUUGACGCAGCUGAUGGAGAUGCAAUUGGUCAAUGUCAUGUUUCUCCUGCCUGCUACGGGCACAUGACGCAUAUGUUGAAGUCUCUUGCUAGAGGAAAUUUGUGUGUUGUAUUGGAAGGUGGAUACAACUUGGAUUCUAUUGCAAAAAGUGCUCUUGGUGUCGCGAAGGUGCUCAUCGGCGAACCGCCAGAUGAAUUACCUGAUCCUUUGAAGCAACCUAAACCGGAAGCAAUUAGUACUAUUGAAACGGUAAUAAGGGAGCAGUCCAAGUACUGGAAGUGCUUUAAGGGCAGACAUGGCAACGAUGGGGUCAAUUGGAAAGAACCUGUAUCAGAUUCACUGAUGUAUAAAAAUUUCCCAUUACAAGGUGCUAUCCGUAAGGAACAAUUAAGGCAGUUAUGCAAGGAGCACAACUUUGUGACGUUGCCUCUAUUAAAUAUGGAUCUUCCUCGAGAUACUAUCUUGUGUACUCCGGAUAUCCAUACCGAGGAUACAAUGGUGAUAUGUGUACACGAUACCCCUGAGAUUUGGGCUAAAAGAGAUCCACUAACAGGUUAUAUCGAUCCUUCAACCUCUGUAAUUGUUGAUUCUAUGUUGUCAAUUGUAAACUGGGCAUUGGAAAGAAAAUAUGGGGUAAUAGAUAUUAAUAUUCCUCAAUCAUUAUUCGAGCAGGAUAAUUACUCUUCGAUUAUUUCGUCCCAAGAAGUUGUAAUGUAUUUAUGGGAUAACUAUUUAAAAUUCUUCCCCAAAUUGGCUAAGGUGGCAUUCGUUGGUGUUGGAGAUGCUUAUAGUGGAUUUGUUCAUCUGCUAGGUCAUAGGGACACUAGAAGCGUUGUUAAAUGUGCUAUUUCAUUUAUCGAUAAGAAGCAACUGCGCCCGCUGGUACCGCUGGUUAAUGAAUCUUUAGGUGACUGGUAUUUUAAAAAUUCAUUAGUUUUUACUAGUAGAUACCACUCUUGUUGGGGAAUUGAUGGUAAUGAUUCAAAGAAACCAAGAAGAAAAUUUGGUAGGGUUUUGAAGUGCGAAGGAGAUGGCAUGAAUAAUAUCUUCGAGGAGAAGCUGGAGGAAGCAACGGAUUUCAUUCUGGAUUCUUUUGAAGAAUGGAGUGAAUCCGAAUAA